AUGGUAUCAGGCAAGCAAUCUGCCGGCGCUGUAGCGCUGGCUACUCUCAAUGCUAUUGGAGCUUCUGCAGCCAGCGCACCCCAUUGCGUUGGCGACAACUCACAGAUCUGUUUUCGUUGGGGCGUCCCCGACACCGCCAUCCAGUCCGGCUCCGGUAACGUCUACUUCCAGCUGCGCGCGCCCACGUCCUACGCGUGGACGGCCCUUGGCAUCGGCAGCCGGAUGCAGGGCGCCGACAUCUUUAUCGUAUAUCAGGACGGCGCCGGCAACGUCACGCUCAGCACGCGGCCUGGCACAGGACACGUCAUGCCGCAGCACGCGGAGCGCUCUGCAGUUGAGCUCCUUGCGGGUUCCGGUGUGGUGGGCGAUGAGAUGGUGGCCAAUGUUCGCUGCGGCGACUGCACGAGCGCCAGCCUCACGGGCGAUAGCGGCUGGAUCGCGGCGUGGAAGGCCGGCGAGCCCAUCAACUCACAGGACACGAGCGCUCGCAUCAACUAUCACGACGACCAUUCGAGCUUCCAGAUUGACCUUCGUCAGGCUGCCAUCAGUGCCGACUCCAACCCGUUUACAGGCACUGACCAAGGCAACAAUAAUAACGGCAAUGGUAACGGCGGUGGCGGCAACAUUAUCUCGGGAGGCGGUGGCUCAAGCUCUGCUGCUUCAAAUACCCUUCCCCUCGCUCAUGGAAUCUUGAUGAUGAUCGUCUGGGUGAUUCUGUAUCCCGCGGGAGCGCUCUUGAUGCCAAUCAUCGGCAAGUGGAUGUUCCAUUCGCUUUUCCAGACGAUUGCCUUCCUGGCCAUGUGGGCAGGUCUGGGUAUGGGCUAUGUCCUGGCUGAUCGUAUGAAUACAUUUUGGAAAAACACGCACACUAAGCUCGGAAUCAUCGUGUGUGCCUUGAUGGUCCUGCAGCCGAUCCUGGGUGCCUUGCACCACACGAGCUUCAAGCGCAGCGGAGGCCGUGGAGCCUUGAGCCACAUUCACGCUUGGUACGGCCGCGCGCUCAUUCUCAUUGGCAUCGUCAAUGGCGGCCUGGGACUUCAGCUAGCCGGCACUGGCAUGGCUUUCCGUACGGCUUACAUUGUGCUCUCUGCCGUUAUUGCCGGACCGUACUUUCUCUCUAUUCCCUGGAUCGAAUUCAGAAAGGCCAAAGCAACCAAAAACCACAGCAGCAGCAGCCCACUAGUAAAGGAACGGGACUCAAGUGCCAUUUCAGACGAAAAUUGGAGUCGAUAG